CGAUCCCCCAUUCAUUCUGUGAGGCUGCUUCGCUUUCCCGCUCCGUUUGCUAUCUGCUGAUCGAGCGUUGUGUAGCUUGCCAUGGCCUCAAAAGCAGCCGCUGCAGCGGUGGACUUCACCCGUGUCUACUCCUCUCUUGGUCUCUCCAAGGAGACCGUCGCGUCUCUCCAGGCCUUCCGCAAGCGGCACGCGGACGCCCAGCGCAUCCACGCGCAGGCUGCAGCGCAGCCCACGACGGUCGACCUCGCGCACUACCGCUCCAUCCUGAAGAACAAGGCGAUCGUCGACGAGACCGAGAAGCUCCUCAGCGAGUUCAAGCCCAUCACCUACGACGUGAGCACGCAGCUCAAGGCGAUUGAGGCAUUCGAGGCGAAGGCGGUCGCGAAGGCGAAGGAGACGACGGAGAAGAUCGAUGUUGAGUUGAAGGAUCUCCAGGCUACCCUUGCGAACAUCGAGGAUGCACGGCCUUUCGAGGACCUCACCGCGGAGGAGGUCGGCCAGGCGCACCCGCGCAUUGUCGAGGCUGUCGAAACCAUGCUGAAGAAGGGCAAGUGGUCCGUGCCGGGCUACAAGGAGAAGUUUGGCGACCUCUCGCUCAUGUAAUUUGUCGCUACGAUGCUUUACCAAUAGAAGUCGCAGCCGCAUAAUAGCGCACAUCAGAUUGGUUAUCCACCUCGUUAUGCUCCUGUGUCUGGUUCCAUCGUGGAUAACGGAUGUCGGCGUGGUUGCAGUAUCUGGUAGCGCGAAGCUACAGUCACUUCAUCGUGGACGAUCACGGCUCUGCCAGUCGCAUUUGUCCCUGUUCGGCAUUGCUGUGAGCGAUACUGGCUACACGGGACAGCGAACAGCAAAGGCGUCUG